AUGGCGGUUGAGGAGUUGCGUGCAUUGGAGAAAUUUCUGGGAUUAAAGGCAGGAAAGUACAGCAGCCGGGCUCAGGGGGACAGACAGAUUCCAGUUCUUCAAACUAAUAAAGACCCUAGCUUGGUGGGACUUACCACUAUCGCAUCUCAUUUAGUUAUGGAAGCCAGGAAAGAGGAACUCCUUGGUGAUUCAACAGAAGAGAAGGCAAUUGUACAACAGUGGUUGGAAUAUAGGAUUACUCGUAUAGACAGAUUAUCUUCUAAAGAAGAUGUUCGAACCAUUCUAAAGGACCUUAACAUGUAUCUGGAGGACAAAGUAUACAUGGCUGGAAAUAAAUUAACAUUGGCAGAUAUCUUAAUUUAUUAUGGGCUCCAUCCAAUUAUACUGACCCUUUCAAUUCAAGAGAAGGAGACUUCCAUUAAUGUAUCUCGUUGGUUCAGUUAUAUCCAACACUACCCUGGACUUUGGCAGCAUCUCCCCAGCUUGGUCUUUAUUAAAAAUAGAAUCUAUAUGGACAUCCAUUAG